GGGGCAUGCAGGCAUGACGCAGACGACCUUGACAUGGGACUUCCUUCGCUGCUAUACGGGCGAGUUUGACCCCGAGAUCAUCUUCCACCUUUUCCUGCAACACCGAAACAUCGAGAAGAUCCAGGCCCUCGAACCGCUCACGCACCUGCGUCGGCUGGACCUCUCGCACAACCGCAUCACCCGGCUGGAGGGGCUGGGGAGACUCAAAGAGCUGCAGAUACUCGAUGUGUCGCACAAUCAGCUGACCAAGGUGGAGGGGCUGCAGGGGCUGGCAAUGCUGGAGACUUUCAAGGCAUGCGGCAAUCAAUUCACACGGUUCCAGGUGAGUGAUUGAGGGCAGUGCCAUCGCUUUUGCCGUCUCAUCUAUCUGUCUUGGCGUUUGUCUUGCUACAGGAUUUGACCGGCCUGUCGGCCCCACCGAAGCUUCGCGCAGUGUAUCUGGCCAAUCCGGACGCCUCUGACGCAUGCCCCAUCACACUGGCCUCAGACUAUCGCACUAGAAUGCCAUCCAUAGCGCCCAAAUUGCAGGUAUAUCUGUCUGAUGGACGGACGAUGGUCAGGAUGGAUGGACGGAGAGUGAAUUGAUGUGAUUUGUUUGUGUCUGUCUGUGGUGCAGGUGCUCGACGGCCACCGGCUGCAUCUGCCUCUGCUGGCAGUCUCACCACUGGUGUACGAGUCGCUAUCUGAGGACGCGCUCUCACUCGUGUCGGCCCUCCUCCCCGUCCCCUUGCUCAACGCCGAGACGGAUCUCUGUCUCCCUGAGUGCUACGAAGAUCACGUGGCUGAGAGCGUGCUCGACAAGACCAUGCAGCCGAUAGAGACCGCCAUGAGUGAGGCGAAGAAAGUGCUCAAGAGCCUGGAGACCCUCACAGAGCAGAUGGCGUCCACCUCUGUCGACAGUGAAGCGGCGUGUGCCUCACCACGAAGUACGAACGGGCAAGAGGAGGGGGCGGCUGGGAGCAAGAAAGUGGUCAUCCGGCGGGGGGGGUCUAUAGGCUCGACAGCUACACAGACGAGUGUGGGCAGCAGUAAUGCAAGCAACGGGGAGAGAGGGAAUAAGGGCAGUGCUAGGGGCGCACGGACUGCCAGACAGAGAAACGAUUGAUGCAUGGAGUAUGUGUUUUCGUGUGAACUUCUGUGUCAUCCUUGUGUAAAGGCGACAAACACA